AUGUUGUCGAUACUGCGAAAAGCCCGUCUCAAAGACAAGGAAAUGAGGAUACUCAUGCUCGGACUGGACAACGCUGGCAAGACUACAAUUGUCAAACGGAUUAUGAAUGAAGACGUAAACAGCGUCAGUCCGACACUGGGCUUCAUCAUCAAAACCAUCGAUUAUGAAGGUUAUAAAUUGAACAUUUGGGACGUUGGUGGCCAGAAGACACUACGCACGUACUGGAAAAAUUAUUUUGAGAAGACAGAUACCCUGAUCUGGGUUGUAGACGCCACGGAUCGUGAUAGAAUCGAUGAUUGCCGCGUCGAGCUCCAAGGUCUUCUCUUACAGGAGCGUUUGAUGGGUGCUUCGUUGCUCGUCUUCAAGAACAAAAGCGAUGUCUCUGGCUGCUUGGACGAGGAUGAAAUCCGAGAGGGCUUGCAGCUUGAUGCUAUCACCACUCACAAGUGGCACAUCCUUCCUUGCUCUGCUAUAACAGGCGCGAACCUGCAAGAAGGUCUGCGUUGGGUGGUUCAAGAUGCGAAGGACCGCUUAUUCCUGUAUUGA